AGGAACUUCGCAAACAUGAAGUUUCUUAUUUGUGGAAUAUUAGCAUCAGCUUUGCUCCUUUUGGGCGAGCAGAAUUUGGUGCAAGGACAAUAUGCUCCACCACCAGGAUUAUUCGCUCCGCCACCAGGAGCAGGGCCGGGACCAGGACCAGCCCUCCCACCACCUCCAGGAGAUUACGGUCCUCCCCCACCAGGAUAUUAUGCUCCACCACCUCCAGGAUAUUAUGCACCACCCCCACCAGCACCACCUCCACCAGGCUACUGGGCCCCACCACCGCCAGCACCGCCUCCACCAGGAUAUUAUGCCCCACCUCCACCUGCACCGCCUCCACCAGGAUAUUAUGCCCCACCUCCACCUGCACCGCCUCCACCAGGAUAUUAUGCCCCACCUCCACCUGCACCGCCUCCACCAGGAUAUUAUGUGCCCCCAUAUUUAUCUUAGUCGUCUUAGUAAGCUUUGUUGUACUGUGCCAUAAUCACUUACGAUUGCACAAAUAAAUACCGUCAAGGUCGAGUAUUUCAAA